AUGCAUAUACUCAUGGGUAUACAUCAAUUGCCUGAACUGAAAAACUACUGGAGCACAGACCCUAUUCUCAGUGUUCAAUCAGUAGCAAGAAUAAUAAUUGCAAAGCGGUUCAAAAAAGUAACUGAUAUUUUACAUGUAAACGAUAACAGCACAAAUCCAUGUGGGCAACUUGGGCAUGAUAAACUAGAUAAAAUCAGAGCAAUCCUCUCACAGCUCAAUGAUUCCAUACCUAAAGUCUACGAACCUUCGUCAGCAUUAGGAAUAGAUGAAUGUAUGAUAGCUUUCAAAGGGAGAACUUCAUUGAAGCAAUAUAUGCCAAUGAAGCCUAUAAAAAGAGGUUACAAGAUGUGGUGUUUAGCAGACUCUAAGAGUGGAUAUAUUCAAAAAUUUGAAAUUUAUUGUGGAAAAGAAACUUCUGAUAAUAAGGGUAAAAUAUUGAGCUUAGGGGAAACAAACUAA